AUGAGUUCAACAACAACUGAAGCUUCUUCAUCAACUAGUAAAACGACGCAGACAAACCUUAAACAAUCAACCGAUGAUUUAGCUAAUUUAGUUGAUGGCCGUAAUAAACCAUUAGUAAUUAUUCUUGCUGUUACACUUCCAACAUUAGCUGCUAUUGGUAUUUUAAUUUUAUUAGUUGUAUGUUAUCGACGACGAAAUACAACAAUUUGGUUAAAAAAAAUUGAUCAUUCAAGUCGAUUACAAGCAAUUGUUGUCAAUCUUUCAGCAACUUCUAUUCAACCAGAAUAUCCAGAAAAAAAAGCACGUCUUUCUCAUCGACAAUUUUCACAACCACGUACAGAAACGAUUGUCUAUAAUCGUUUGAGUACACCAUCUACUCCAGUAUUUAUCAAUCCAUUUAAUCGUUUGCAAUCAUCAAAUGAAGGUGAAACUAAUGAAGCAUUUGAUGACUACUUAGUUAAAAAUGAACAACAACCUGUCUUAAGAUCAACAUUACAACAAAGUUCAAAUAGUGAACAACGUACAACAUCACUUCAAACAGACUUUCCUUUUACAUUACAAGCACCUGUUCCUACAAUAACACCAACACUUGUUGAAGCUAUUGCUACACAUCGUAUAUCGUUGAUUCAUGAUGCAAACAAUACAUCAUCAUCAUUAGAAACAACAACGAUAGGUACAAAUAAUCAUAAUAAUAGACAUUCAGGUGCACCAUCAUCGUAUUCCAAUACGUCUCAAACGGUGCUUCUUUUUUCACAGAGAACUGAAUUGUAA